GCAAGAUAAAUAGAGAUUGAUAAAUCAUACGUGACUUUAUAGCACUUGAAAACAUCGCGGUCACGUCUGUCGACAGCAGCAGUCAAAUACCAAUACUGCCACAGCAGAGCAGCAAGCAAAAUAAAUCCUAUAGCUCGAGAGCCAAACAAAAGCGGUACAGAGACAAGGAAAGGCAGAUAUAUGACGAAUAUGUGGAUCCGGUGCUGCGCUGAUAUAAUUCCAGCCAACUGUUUGCAGCCCUGCGGCUCAGAUUUAACCGCCUCGGUGGCUAUCUCGGUGUUUACGAUAGUCUUUAUUAGUGGAUAUCAUGCUGUUUCUUUUAUAGAUGGAAUGAUCUCUGUUGGAUAAUCUAUGGAGGCAGAUGAACGGUGAAAAUACACUGGAUCACCCAGCGGAUCUCUUCGAAGGUCCUUAUCAGGCAUUCUACUGCGAGGAGAACAUAUAUCAAGCAGCUAGACUUCUGAAAUCGCAAGAAAAUUCAGAAGCAUAUGUCUUGUUUAUUUCGAACCACUCGCAAACUGUACAGCUCUUCUGUCAGCGACAACGUGAGCCGUUUGUUAUUUGGGAUUACCAUGUCAUCCUGAUCCGGCGAGCUUUAAAGAGUCAGUUGUCGGAUGACUACGAGGUUUUGGAUUACGACUCUAGUCUGUCGCAGUCUUACGAAAGCAAACCUGGAUUUUGUACGGCACGAAUAAUUCCAUUCUCGCAGUACGCUUCCGAGACGUUCAGAUUUGACUUAGACAUUCCCGAAUUCAGGCGAUUCAAGCCGUUAUUUAGAUGCAUCGAAGCUCACACUUUUCUCCGCUGUUUUUCUUCGGACAGAUCACAUAUGCUGGUGGAGGAAUCAUCUACAGAGUAUGUCGAACCGGUUCCAGGUUGGCCUGUAAUCCGCGGUCGCGAUGCUUUGGUUGAUAAUGGCCUACCAAGUUUCAUUGAUAUGCAUCAGAACUCGAGUCUAGAGUAUGGAGCUGUCUUGGACGGGACAGAGCUUUGCAGUAAGUUUGGAUACAAAGAAGUGGUAAUGUAGAGUAGAUCAAGAUAUUCAGAAUGUUCAGUUUGCGUAUAGAUUCAACGAGUAUACCUACACUAAAAACACAAGUACAGCACAAAUGAAGGACAACAUAGACAGAUAACUGGAAAACAAGCAAAGUACAAACUCCUAUAGUAAACCAAAAUAAAUACAAUA